GUUACGUUGUGCUUGCUUGGUGAGCGUUACCCUUAACGGCUACUUUCUUCUCUUAUUUGAAACCACCUGUCUUCGUUUUAUUCCCCCUUUCUUCUUCUUCCUCUUCGUUUUAGGGUUACGAAAUUUUAUUCCAAUCAGAUUUGAUUUUGCGAUUCGAUUUGUAAAUGGAGGCGAGAACCGGCCGAGAGCACCCAUCGACACCUGCAGCAAUUGCCCCUGUGGCUGCGGCGGCUCCUCCUCCGCCGUCUACACGGCGUCCGAGGGUGAGAGAAGUCAGCUCGAGAUUUAUGUCUCCGGUUUCUUCAUCUUCCUCCUCCUCCUCCUCAGCCGGAGAUCUCCAUCUAUCUUCUCCCAGGCAUCAUCACCAUCACCACAACCAUAGAUCCGUUUCCGUUCAGAAGUCGAGACGGCAGUUGAAACUAGCGGAAGGCGACGAGAACCAUCGCCCUUCCGAGACGGCGCGUAGCCUGGACUCUCCGUUUCCUCUCCACCACGACGGAGGCAAAAACCACCACCAGAGCAACCGAUCCAAGCCGCUGAAAGAGAACGGCCACCGUCUCGACACUCCGACGCUGCCGCCUCCGUCUAGAUCUCGGCUGAACCAGCAGCGUCUGCUUACCUCCUCCGCCGCGGCUAGGCUUCUCAGGUUAUCAGUCUCCUCCGCGGACGGCGAAGAAGAGAGCGACAACAGAGAUAAACCGAACGGCUCAGAUCCGUUGUUGCCAGCAAGGAGCCACGCGAAGAAGGCCAACAACAAUCAAACCGCGUCGUCUCCUCUCCGUCGUUCCCUGAGUGCGUCCUGCGACGAUCCGUCGUCGUUUCGAGACGCGAGGGCUUCGUUGUCGUCGUUGCCUCCUGUGGCACCUAACUCGAAGACUCAAGCCGAUGCAAAGAAGCAGAAGAAGGUUUCAGGGCAGCAGGCUGAUGCGCACUCUCUGAAACUGCUCCAUAACCGCUACUUGCAGUGGAGAUUCGCAAACGCAAACGCUGAGGUCAAAACGCAAGCUCAGAAAGCACAAGCUGAGAGGAUGUUUUACUCACUUGGUUUGAAAAUGUCAGAGCUCUCUGACUCUGUACAGGAGAAACGCAUAGAACUGCAGAGAUUGUUGAGAGUGAAAGCUGUUCAGGAGAUUGUGGAGUCUCAAAUUCCUUAUUUGGAACAGUGGGCAACACUUGAAGAUGAAUAUUCAUCUUCACUUACAGAAACAUCUGACGCGUUACGCAAUGCUUCGUUGCGGCUCCCUCUCGAUGCUGAUAUCAAGGUUGAGACUAAGGAGUUAGCGGAAGUGGUUGCUGUGGCUUCAAAGUCUGUUGAAGGCAUUGUACAAAACAUAGGACAUCUUUUGCCUAAGACGCAAGAGAUGGAGACUUUGAUGUCUGAAUUAGCAAGAGUAAGCAGUAUAGAGAAGGCAUCAGUACAAGACUGUGGAGUUACACUACUGAAGACACAUUCAGCUCAUAUUGAAGAAUGUUAUCUUAGGAGUCAGCUUAUUCAACAACAACAGCACAAGAAGCGUGAACUUCAGUAGAGCAAAAGUUUUUUUUUUACAUGGGGAUUAUAUGUUCUGAUCAUUAUAUUGUAACCAGAUUAAUAAAGAAGUAAUUGAACUGCUUUUAACCAAGCUAAACCG